AUGGUUAAUUGUCCAGCCUGUAACAAGCCAGUUUAUUUUGGUGAAAGAGUCUCUAGUUUAGGAAAAGAUUGGCAUAGACCAUGCCUUAGAUGUCACAAUGAAAAUUGUAAGAAAGUUUUGACAGCUGGAUCACACCUUGAACAUAAAGGAAGUCCAUAUUGUGUACGCUGUCAUGGAGCACUUUUUGGUCCAAAAGGAUAUGGUCGUGGUGGUGUUGAGUCACAUGUCUUCCUUGAUGGUACAACUGGAAAAGCUUAA